AUGCGACAAGAGCCUGCAUGCUCACCAUGCUUGAACAUGUUCUGUAAGAUAAUAAUAGCAAGUGUUGGCGCGGUGCUGGUAGCAGUACUGUCUACUGCAGACACAGACGCCGAGGCGAGUUUGCAUCGCGCUCUUCUACAGAAUAAGGCAAUCAUCUUAAAAGAUGAACGAAGACGAACACCUAUUAUAUUAAAAGCCUUGGAUGGUCGUGUUGGAGAUAAAGGUGGAGUUACUCGACGUGGACGUUCCAGAAGUCGUGAUAGAUCUGAUCACGGAAAGAGAGGACAUCUUCAUCGUUUUCGCUCGCGAGGUUUCGACAGGAAACCUCAUCGUUCCGGCGCUCAAAAGGACAGUCGUCAUGGCCAUUGGAUGUCUGGUCAUCAUAGCCAUGGAAAAUCCGAUCAUCAUAGCCAUAGAGAGCCUGGUCAUCCUAUACGUAGAAAGCCUAGUUGCCAUGAAAAACAUCGUCGUCCGAAACCACCUCAACUUCAUGACCAGGCUCGUCCUCACGGCGGUGAACCUGGGAAAAGCAAACUACCUGGACAGUCGAUGGUUCCUCUCGCAGGGUUUUCGUAUUAUUGGGGCGAUGAUGCAAGUACGGACGAAGGAAGAGAAACUGGUCGCUAUAAUGAUCGGGACAGGAAUGUAUACGGAAACAGUGAAGUAAGUUAUGAUUGGACUAGUUGGUCGUACCCGUUAUAG